AUGUUCUCCUACACAAGACCUACCUCCCUAAGCAGCGAGAUUUCUGCGUUUAGAUCUUUCCUGGCAAGGUUCUCUGCAUUCGAAGUGGCUACUUGGUUUAUCGCAAUAUUCUUGUUUUGGGGCAGCUUUCGAGCAAUCUACUUGCUUUACUUUCAUCCACUGGCAUCCUUCCCCGGCCCUCGCAGAGCGGCGCUCUCCACGUGGUGGCUUUACUGUCAAAGUAGGAGUGGUCGUGCAGAGGAGAUUUUUGAAGAACUGCAUAAGAAAUACAAUACCCGCGCGCUUCGAAUCGCUCCGAACGAGAUUCACAUCACCGAUUCCGCACUAUACCACACCAUAUAUUCACAACAACACACAUUCAAAAAACAAGCCCAUUUUUACAGCGCUUUCAUGACACCGCAUUCAGUUUUCGUGGAGACUGAUGUCGAAUUGCACCGUCAGCGACGGAAACAGCUCAGCAACUUCUUCUCAAAGAUGUCCAUCCGGUCAAUAGAAGGAAUAUUGUUUUCCAAGGUCGCGACUCUAUGCAAGAGGAUUUCAGAGACGAGAUUCAAUGGACCUAUAAACUUUUAUCAGGCCUUUCGGUGUUUGACAGUAGACGUAAUCACAGAAGUAGCCUUCGGUGAAUCCUUCAACCUUCUCAUUGAGUCCGAAGCAAACACCUUCAAUGCGCCAUUCCUCGAGACGUUCGACUUGGCCGCAAAUAGCUUUUGGGACAUUGAGCACUUCACAAUUCUUCGAGUCGUAAUCAGCAGGGUUCCAGCUGCUGUUGCGGAGAAGUUGAGUAGAUCGGCGGCAAGGCUCCAGGGCCUCCCUCUCGCUGUUGCAGAUACUGUUACGAAGUUCAGACGUCUGAAAAGCUCUGGAAAAAGCUUCGAUCACGUUGUAGUCUUCGACAAAUUGUCAGAGCUGGACGAUGUACAGUUGCAGGGAGAAGCAACCGAUAUUCUGGUGGCAGGUUCUGACACAACGGCAACAACACUUGCAGUUGCUAUCGAACAAAUCAUUGAGAGACCUGCUGUGCACACUAGACUGAGAAAGGAGUUGAGAGACGCUGGAUUUCUCAGGGAGCAAGACUACGAGCUUCAAAAGCUCGAACAGCUUCCGUAUCUAUCUAGCUGUGUGAAAGAAGCGCUGCGCUAUGCUAUGGCAGUCCCCGGAAGACUGCCCAGGAUUGUGCCCAAGCCGGGUAUGGGAGCAGAGGCUCUAGUUGUCGACGGAAAACACAUUCCGUCUGGGGCUUCCGUCAGCAUGUCCGCUUAUUCUGUUCACUUUGAUGAAAGCAUUUGGGGGGCAGACGCAAGGAGCUUUAUUCCAGAGCGUUGGCUGACUGAUGAUGGAAAGCAUCUAGAGAAGUAUCUUGUGACUUUCUCCAAGGGCGCAAGGCAAUGCCUCGGUAUUAACCUUGCUUAUGCGGAGGCUACAUUAACGCUUGCAAUGGUGGUGGGUCGGUUUCGGUUCACAGCAGACAAGACACUCAAGGAAUCAGACCUCAAGCGUGUUGAUAACUUCACGAUGGGAUAUAAAGGGACUGGGAUUCGCGCCGAGGUUCACGAAGACUACCAGAAAGCUUGA